GAAGAAGAAGAGAAUAUCGAGAGGAAAAGUUAUCAAUCUGAGAUGGCCGGAGACGCCCAGGGAGAGAUGGAGAGGAUCUUUAAGCGAUUCGACACCAAUGGUGAUGGCAUGAUCUCUUCUUCGGAGCUUGGUGAAACCUUAAAACAACUCGGGUCGGUUACUAAGGAAGACAUUACGCGUAUGAUGGCUGAGAUAGACACAGAUGGUGAUGGCUUCAUCUCUUUCAAGGAGUUCACCGAAUUCCACCAGGCCAACCCUGGUUUAAUGAAGGAUGUCGCUAAGAUAUUCUAAACUUCUCUUCCUCUUACUUCAAUACAAUAAAACCCACCCAAGAUCCCAACCCGACCCAAGACCCAAGACCCAACUCACUUUUGUAAGAUAAUUUGA